AUGUUAACUAUUUAUAUUUAUAUUAAUUUAAUAAUUAUUAGAUUUGUUCAUGUAUUUCAACCAGCAUUCCAAAAUUUAAUUAAAAAAACAGUUGAACAAUCAUCAUUGGAAAUUGAAAAGAGAUUGAUUGAUUUGAAAUCAUUACUCAAUAUAAUUUUUGAUAGUAAAUCAAAGGAAUCUCAUUCACCAUCAUUUAUAAAAUUAGAUAUGUUUGGUUUAUUCAUUAGAUAUUUCUUUAUUAAUGAAUCAUUAAAAAAUAACAAAAAACAACAACAACAACAACCUCCAUUGUUAUAUUUAAUUUCAUUAUUUUUCAUUGGUACUUUUAUUCAAUCAAUUUUAUUUGUAUAUAAAUUUAAAAAUAUAAAUUCAAUUUUAGAAUUUUUAAAUAGUAAAAAUAGCUUUGAUGAAAUUGAUGAACAAGUAAAGAGUAUAUGUUCAACUUAUUUAAGAAAAGUAUGCUUUUUAUUAUGUUGUAUUGAUCAAUCAUUAGAUGUUUCCUGUCAAACAGGUAAUAUUGGAAAGAUGGAUUUUAAACGAUUGUUAACAUUUUUAAAGGAAUCAUCCGGAUUGAAUGUAUCAUUUGAAACGAUAUUAUUCAAUAAUCAAGUUUUGAAUGAUAUGAUUAGCAAAGUUUGGUUACCAUUUGCCAAUGUAACCAAAGAGAAUAAUAAUGGUGAAGAACCAACAAUUUUAUUGGAUGAACAAUCUUGUUUACCCUUAAGAUCAUGGAAAGAGUUAUCAAUAAUUCCAUUGCCAAAUGAUUAUCAUAAAUACUUUUUAGAGUGCACAAGUAAGAAGAAAUGCUCCAAGUGUGAUGGAAAAAAUGGUAUUGUAAAGUUUGUUUGUCUUUUAUGUGGUGAAUUAUUAUGUUUAAAGGAUUAUUUCAUUCAUUCAAAUUCAAAUCAAUCAUUAAACACCGAUAUUCAUCCAAUUGGUGUUUACUUACUCUUAAAUGAAACUUAUAUCAUCAUCAAUAUAGAAGGUAAAAGUAAACUUUGGGGAACCGUAUAUCUAGAUGCUGAACAUGGUGCUGAAGAUUAUGGUUUAAAAAGAGGUAAACCUUUAACACUUAAUAAUGAAAGAUUAGGAAAAUUAAAAUCUGAUAUUAUCACUUUAUUAAAUGUUCAUAGUUUACAAACUGUAUUCAUUAAAAAUUUUGAAUAA